CUUCAUUUCCACAAGAUACAAAAAGAAUAAAUAAAAUACAAUUCACAAGUGAACGUUGACACAGUCAACACAGAGUCCCCCAUUCUCCAGACGCAUGACUCUCGCCGGCGCCUUCAAGUCCUCCUCUAUCAUCUCCUGGAAAUCAACAGGCAAGCUACAGCAAACCCUAGCCAACUGCAUAGAGAGGACCGGAAAGGCCCUGCAUUCAGGCAGCACAUCCACAGUCAAGAUAUCGCCGGAGUCCGCCGGCGUGGGGAGGUACUUCGUGUGUCGUUCGCAGCUGAUUCCGGCGUCGAUUGAGUUCGCGAGAGAGAGCCCUCUCUGUACUACUCUGCAUAAGGAUGGGCACAGCGUCCGGACCGUUGAGCACAUGCUCUCCGCCUUGGAGGCCACCGGCGUUGAUAAUUGCCGCAUCGAGGUCAAGAGCUCCGACUCUGAGGAUCCAUCUGUUGAGGUUCCUAUUCUUGAUGGGUCUGCGAGGGAAUGGGUGGAAGCAAUUGAGCAAGUUGGGUUAAAGGUGGCCACAGAUCAAGGUGGGAACAAUUGUGAAAAAAUGGCUCCUUUUCUUAAUGAAACUCUUCAUGUGAGGAAGAAUGAUUCUUUUGUGGCCGCAAUCCCUUCUUCAGAAGUUCACAUCACUUGUGGAAUUGACUUCUCACAGGUGCCUGCUAUCGGCUGCCAGUGGUUUUCUUCCUUCUCAGUGGGUGGCUCUUUCUAUGCUAAACAAAUAGCCCCUUCAAGAACAUUUUGCAUUUAUGAAGAGGUGCAGCGUAUGCGUGAUGCAGGACUCAUUAAAGGUGGCUCAGAAGAAAAUGCCAUUGUUUGUAGUACCAGUAGAGGUUGGUUGAAUCCACCAUUGCGCUUCCAGGACGAACCUUGUCGACAUAAGGUCUUAGAUCUUAUUGGUGACUUUUCCCUUUUUGCACGGUGUGGUAGUCAAGGGCUUCCAGUGGCACACUUGGUGGCUUACAAGAGUGGCCAUGCAUUACAUGCUGACUUCGUUCGCUGCCUGCUGAGAAUUGAUUAAGGGCAGAAGUUGCAACAUGCGUCAAUGGAAGAACCUAUUGUUUGGAUUUUUAGGCCCCUGCUCAGUAAAUAGUUUCAACUCCACUAAUUUAACCUCCGUAUGGUAAGGUUCGCUGAUUCUUCAAGAGAUGUGUGAAUCUUUAUUGGAAAGAAUCAUAUCGCCUCGUUUCUGAAGGUAAAUGAUUUUCCCGCUCUACUUUAUAAAUGCACUCCCAAUGUUGUUUACUUCAUAUGCCAUUGCCAUGUGUAAUUUAUUCUCAAACUUUUGGCACUUGAAGACAAACUUUGGAGUGUAUUUAUAAAGAAGUCUCGAGUCGACUGCAAAUAGCAUCCCAUUUAUGUGGUGCGAGCCAUAUUUUUUUUUAAACAGUGCCUUUCUGUGGAAAAGAAGCUUUUGUUUCGAUUUCUGGCAGUUACAUUUCUCCUCCCUCAUCCCCUAUUUUGUCUUGUAAUUCUAUUCUUUUGUACUCAUCGCAUAGAAAUGGUGUUUUUACUUUUUUCCAUUUUGUUUAAAUUACAGAUGGUAGUUUGAAUUCCGGUGAGUUGGAAUACCAAUAUCUGAUUGUCUUUC